UCAGGUCUCAAAAAAGGAGUCAAUCCUUUACACUUCUAACAUGACAUAUUACAUCCUACUGUCUUUACAUUACCUUCGUGCACUUGUUAUGUACUUAUAAAACAGCCACCUAUACUAAUGAAAUUAAAUUCAUGCUAAAAUCAUGCUAUUAAAAAAGAGAAAGGGGGAUUUUGCACUUGUGCAUCUGGUAUUAAGAAAUGGCAAAGAAAAAAAGCCUGUAAGACAUGGUCACCAAAGCAGAUCUGCUAAAAUGCAAUCAUAAUGGAAGACAACGUAAUACAUUCCCGGCGACCAUCACAAGAUGACAAACUCCCAUUUCCCUGUGUUACGCUUGCUAGCUGCUCCUCCACAGCCACGGCAUAUGCCCCAUUAAAAAGCAACUUAUUCUCACCCAGACUUUUUAAAAAACUAUUAAUCUGUUGACAACCAAUCAAAGGCUGUCCUGCUUCGAACAGACCAAUGAGGCGACCAGGCACGUCGAGCGCUCAACCAAUCAACGCAGGCCAUUCUAAUUCUGUCCAUCAUUAUGAAGAAAGUGCCACAGCGAUCUAAGGUACAUCUUAUUUAUGACCUGCAACCAGAGAGCCAGUGGUGGGACAUUUGUCUGUGAAAGUGAGAGAGGCGCUUGGUGUUCACUUUGUAGAUCCAUUAUGGACUAGUUAAAGAGUUGAGAAGAGUAAGUUAAAAAUACGGGCUCUUACCUGAUCUUUGAGACAUUUCCGGGGUGAUGUGAGGACCACACUGAGCACUGGAAAUACAGGAGGUUGUCAGGUUGUGUGGACAGUACUAAACCCCUCAGAGUACUUGAUGUCAGGACCUCAGUAAGAAAUCAGUCUUGAAUUGCCAUCGUCGUCGUCUUGGGAAGCAGAAGAAGUGCAGACUGGUGUCCAUGGAGUCCAAUAUUUCAGGGUCCUUCCUCUUCAACAACAGCUUGAACCAGUUUCCCUCAGACAUCAAGGCCCCGGUGUGCCAGUACUCCAUUGCCAACUCCUUCUACAAGCUCAGCCCGGCCCACAUCAGCUCUCAGCUCCAGGCCGGCACGCCGCAUGGCAUCAGCGACAUCCUGAGUCGGUCCAUGGUGGGUGGCCCGGGAACCCCUGCGCUGCUGUCCGGCUACCCCUCCAUGAGUGGCUUCGGGACAGCCGUGCCCAGUCCAGGGGUGUAUUAUAACCGGGACUAUGCUCCAUCGGGACUGAGCAGUUUCUCUAAACCCGGAGUCGAAUGUUCGGGUCUGAAGGGUAAAGGCAGCGGCUGCUGGGUGGACGGAGGGUACGAGUGGAGAGGCGCCAGACAACAGUGUCCCAACAACGGCGGGCAUCACACUGAGACUGUGGGGAAGAAGAAGCACACCAGACCCACGUUCAGUGGACACCAGAUCUUCGCUCUGGAGAAAACCUUCGAGCAGACCAAGUACCUGGCAGGACCAGAGAGAGCCAGACUGGCAUACUCACUCGGCAUGACCGAGUCACAAGUUAAAGUUUGGUUCCAGAACCGGCGCACAAAGUGGCGGAAGAAGAGCGCGACGGAGCCCAGCUCCACGCAGGCCUCGCGGGGGGAGAGCGGAGGAGACGGCUCGGAAAACGAGGUGGAGGACGAGGAGUACAACCGACCGCUGGACCCCGACACAGACGACGAGAAGAUCCGACAGUUACUGCGCAAACACCGCAGAGCUUUCUCAGUGCUGCGCCUGGGACCGCAUCACAUCUGAG